AUUGUUCAGCUUCUUUAGAACUGCAAUCCGAGGGGAAACUUUUCAAAUGGUUGAUAGCAAUGAUUCUUAUGGAUCCCCAGAAGAAACUAAAAAUCCCAUCCCAGAUGGGAAUGCACCUUCUGAAAUUGAUCUUGAGCUAGCUCAAAAUGGUCAAGAAUCUCUCCCUCUUGAAAAAAGGCAUAGAUUUUGGGAAACACAACCAGUGGGGCAAUACAAAGAUGUUGGAGACCCAAGUUUGCCAGAAGGCCCUAUUGAACCUCUAACCCCUUUAUCGGAGAUCCAACAAGAACCUUACAGCCUUCCUCACCUCUAUGAAUGGGUCACUUGUGACAUCAACUCUGAAGAGAUGUGCAAUGAGGUUUAUACCCUUCUUGCAAAUAACUAUGUUGAGGAUAAUGAGAACAUGUUCAGAUUUAACUACUCAAAAGAAUUUCUAAGGUGGGCUUUGCAGCCUCCUGGUUAUUUUAGAAGUUGGCACAUUGGUGUUUGUGUUAAGAGUUCCAAGAAGUUGGUUGCCUUCAUAACAGGCAUUCCGGUUAGAAUCCGAGUUCGAGAUGAGGUUGUUAACAUGGCAGAGGUUAAUUUUUUAUGUGUUCAUAAGAAGCUUAGAUCAAAGAGGCUUGCCCCAGUGAUGAUCAAAGAAGUGACAAGGAGGGUGCACUUGGAGAAUAUGUGGCAGGCAGCAUAUACUGCAGGAGUGGUUCUUCCUACUCCAAUAGCAACUUGCCAAUAUUGGCAUAGGUCUUUAAAUCCUAAGAAACUAAUUGAUGUUGGUUUCUCUAGGCUUGGGGCAAGAAUGACAAUGAGCAGAACAAUAAGGCUUUACAAGCUACCAGAGUCAAUAGUUACCCCAGGGUUUAGGAAGAUGAAAAUCCAUGAUGUUCCUGCAGUGACUAGGUUGCUUAGGAAUCACUUGAGUCAGUUUGUUGUUGCUCCUGAAUUCGAUGAAAAUGAUGUGGGGCAUUGGCUUCUUCCAGAGGAGAAUGUUGUUGAUAGUUUUGUGGUUGAAUGUUUUGAAACUCUUGAGAUCACUGACUUUGUCAGCUUUUACACACUUCCUUCUACUAUCCUUGGCAACCAAAGUUAUUCAACUUUGAAAGCGGCUUAUUCCUUUUAUAAUGUGUCAACAAAGACCCCUUUUCCUCAGCUGAUGAAUGAUGCUCUUAUUGUGGCAAAACAAAAGGACUAUGAUGUUUUUAAUGCAUUGGAUGUCAUGCAGAAUGAAUCUUUCUUGAAGCAUCUGAAGUUUGGACCAGGGGAUGGUAAACUUCACUAUUAUCUUUACAACUACCGAUUAAGGGAAGCACUGAAGCCAUCAGAACUUGGGCUUGUGCUGUUGUAG